GGUUCACUUCAUUUUCCUUUCUAAACAUCUUCACUCCAUUGCGGCUAGGGUUUCACCAAACCUUUUUUUAUCUCAUCCACUCUUACUCAAAAGGUUCUAGGGUUCUUGUGAGUUAAUUGAGAUCCCAAUUAGACAUGACGAAUUCGAACUGGAGAUAGGAUUUUUGCUGUUGCAAAAGACUCAACUUUUUUAUCAAAGGGUUCUCUACUAUCACAGUAAAGGGAAAAAAUGGCGACCGCGAACCCUUUCGAUUUGCUCGGAGAUGACGACAACGAUGACCCUUCACUUCUUGUGCAAAAGAUCGUAUCUGCACCGGUAAAGAAAGCUCAAACCGCUCCUCUCGCCGGUAAAACGGCUGCGCAGCCGGCUAAGCCUUCUGCUAAGCUUCCUUCCAAGCCUCUCCCUCCAGCUCAGGCCGUGAAAGAGGCCAAGAAUGAAGGGCUGCGUGGCGGCCGUGGUGGUGGUGGUCGUGGUGGCCGAGGAGGGUACGGGCGUGGUCGUGGUGGUGGCGGUGGAUUUAAUAGAGAUUCAGGCAGCAAUGAGAAUUCGUUUGGUAACCGAGGAUUUUCCGGUGAUCAAGGUGCUGUUGAGGAGUCUGAUGGUGGGAAAGGUUAUGAGAGAAGUGGUGGUUAUGGUGCUCCUCGUGGUGGUUUCCGUGGUGGCCGCCGUGGCGGUUUCAGUAACGGAGAUUCAGAGGAUGGCGACCGCCCACGUCGGCCAUAUGAACGCCGUAGCGGGACAGGGCGCGGGAAUGAGUUCAAACGCGAGGGAGCUGGUCGUGGGAACUGGGGAACGCAGGCUGACGAGAUUACUCAGGAGACUGAAGAAGUGGUGGCUGAAGGGGAGAAAACUGUGGGUUCUGAUAAACCAUUGGCUGAAGAAGAGGCAACAAAUGAGAAAAAGGAGAAUGCUGCAAAUGAACCUGAGGAUAAGGAGCCUGAGGAUAAGGAGAUGACUCUAGAAGAAUAUCAGAAGGUUCUGGAAGAGAAGAGGAAAGCUCUGGAGGCACUUAAAACUGAGGAAAGGAAGGUGGAAGUUGACAAAGAGCUUGCUGCCAUGCAACAGCUUUCCAAUAAAAAGGCCAGCGAUGACAUCUUUGUGAAAUUGGGAACUGACAAGGAUAAGCGUAAAGAGAUUGCUGACAAGGAAGAGAAAGCUAAGAAGUCAUUGAGCAUCAAUGAGUUCUUGAAACCAGCUUCAGGUGAAAAAUACUACACUCCAGGUGGCCGUGGGCGGGGACGUGGCGGCCCUAGAGGUGGAGGUGGUGGUCGUUACAACCAAGGUGGUGGUGGUUCGAUGAGCUAUGCCCCUGAAGCACCAAAAAUAGAAGAUCCGAGCCACUUUCCUACUUUAGGUGGCAAGUGAAGUGAGAGUCUCUUUUCUUGCCUUACUCCUGUCAUCAUCUUUUCGCGACACUUUUAGAAUGGCCAAAAGCAUACUAGAAUAAUGGAGUUCUAUGUAUCCGAGAACAGUCUCAGAAAGUGUAAAUUUCAAAUUUCUUGUGUUCCAUGUAUUUGUCUAUUUAGAGGUGUUGGAUGUUUUUGUGUUUCUUUUCCUUUUUUGUCUUUUAUAAUGUGUUUUAGAGAUUUUGGAUUACGUUGUUACUUAGAGAUACUUGUUUUCUCAUUUUUGUUAUUGAAUAGAUUGAUGGCAAUUUUAACUUA